ACGCUUAGCUCAGGGAAUGAAAAGCCCAGCUAUAUUUCCUUAACUAACAACACUCGCCUCGGUUUUGACAGAUAGCUAAUCUCAACCCACCUAAACACGUAUAUUUUAUUAAUAUAACGUUACAAAACUGCGUAAACUGCCGUUCGGAAGAUAAUACAGUUGCUGUACGUCGUUGUUUAUGUCAGUUAAUAAGUGCCUCAGAAAACCCAGCUACUGGUUGCUAAAUGAUCCUAGCUAGCUCAAAAGCUACAUCGCUAGCUAUCUAGCAUCAGCUAGCGUUCUAACGGUGGCUAACGUUAAAUAGAUAACGUUACGCUUACUGACAGGUUGUAUGUGACCGACAGCUUGGUCGCCUGUUAUUCCGGACACCAACACUGAAAAAGAAGAGAGGGGAUGGUGCAGCCCCAGCCUGAUGGCCCAAUGCAGUGGGACAUGUCAGGAGAAGAGAGUGGCGGGACCCUCAGGGUCCCACCAGAGCUGGCUGCAAAUGAAGUGGUGACCAGGUUGCUGGGUGACAACCAGCAACUUAGAGAGGCCUUGCGGCGGAGCAACCUAGCCUUACGUCAGCGCUGUGAGGAGAUGGAGGAAUGGCAGCAGAAGACAAGAGGGGACCGAGAAUUUCUCAGCUGUCGUUUCCAGGAGGCCAGGGCCCUGGUGGAGAGGCUGGCGCAGGAAAACCACUCCUUACAGGGCUUGGUAAACGGACCAGCCUCCUCCUCGAACCACUGCUGCAGCUCCAGCCAGACUGAAGACCUGCAGGGGCGCCCAGCGAAGAACAGACCCCUGGACGGACCGCAGACACUAGAUCAGCGGGAGAGGAAGAUGGUCGAAGAGUCGGAUCAACACACACAGACCACGCCACCUCGCAGCCUGGAUGAUGCAAGUGUGCGUAGCUCCUUGAGUAACGCCCUCCCCUCUCCCUCCACCUCACUUUCAGAGGUAUGGGGGGAGAUAAUGGGCAGGGAAAAUGGCCAGCCUGUGGAAGGUGCCAACGAGUUCCUCCAGUUGCUGAAGAGCCACAAAGAGAAACUGGAGGAAGGGAUGAGAGAGCUGAGGAUGAAGAAUGAAGAGCUGGAGAGGGAGAGGGAAGAGGGAGAGAAAGACCGAGAGCGAAUGCGGCGCUGCAUUGACCAGCUACGAGCCAAACUGGCCCAGGCACAGGCAAGCAAUGUUACUGAGGAGGUCGUUCAACAUCGCUCUGAGGCACAGCACUCUUCUGACUGCUCUAGCCUGGCUAAACUCACAGAGCAGCUUCAGGCCACACAGGGCAGGUAUCGUGAGUUGGAGGAGAAGCUUGAUUACUUGCAGAAGAGUUCAGCUCAGCGGGACAGAACUGAAGCUCUGCUCAAACAGAAGGACAAGGACUGUGCGCAGCUGGCCAAGGACUGCGAGGCUCUGAAAGCUCAAGCAACUUCCCUUUUAGGAGAACUGAAUGAGAGACAGAGCUGCCUGGACAAAAGCGAGCAUGAACGCAAAAUGUUGGAAGAAAAGCUGUGCAAUAAGGUGAAGGCCCUGCAGGUGGCAGAGCGGGAGCUGGAGCAGCAGAGGAAGCAGCAUAAUGUGGCCAUGGACAAGCUGCUGCUGCAGACCCAGAGCCUGGAGCAGGCCCUGAAGACAGAGAGACAUGUCGUCACAGAGGAGAAGAAAAAACUGACACAAUUGCAGCAUGCCUACACGUGUCUAUUUAGAGACUAUGAUUCUAAACUGAAGAGUGAGGGAGGAGAUCUGUGCAGCCGACUAGAGGACGCGGAGAGAGCGCUGGCCCUGAAGCAGGAUCUGAUUGAUAAACUGAAGGAGGAGGUGGAGCAACAAAAAGGCUCCCUGGAGACUGUUCCGGUCCUCACUGCACAGGUACAGUCACACAGCUGUUGAGCCUAUCUGCACACA